GGGUGCAUUGUUAGACUCUGUUAGAGUGUGUGCUAAACUCCUACAGCAGGGACAACACGACUGGACACCUGACCAGAGGUCUCUCUCUCUCUCUCUGUACCUCAGACGCUGCACAACCUGAACUCAAAGCUACCCAACACACAGUGGAGUAAGCUACAACUCUCAAUACAAUUACCAAUAUUUAUUGAUCGGGAAGUGCUGCGCUGCGUUGGGACAUAGCUGCGUUGGAGAGACGGUUGAUGAUCGAGGUUGGCUAGGUGGAUUUCCUCUGGUUUUCACCCGUCAACGUGGACUACAGCAACAGAGACAAGAUCAAGAUGAACCAGACCAAGGUGGUAGAAGAGGAACUGUAUAACUACUAUGACUACUCAGACUGGUACUCCAACAAUAUGGAACCUACCAGACCUCCAAAAGAAGUUAUUCUCCCGUGUGACCCCACAGCGGAUGACCAGCUUUUUCACACAUGCAUCGCUUCAGUAUCUCUCGUUGUGGUGCUGAUUCUAGCAGUCCUGAAGAGGAGAAAGAGUCUAUGUGAGGGUUUUGCCAGUGGAUCAACUGGCAUCUCAAGUCCAGUGAACUUCCUGGACCAGACGCAGCACAAAGCCCUCGCAGUAGCUGUGUUUGGGCUGGUCUUCAGCAAGCUGUCUGUAUUGGUCCUGGCUCCAGAUCCCCUGCCCUUCUCCAAAGACACCCCUCAGGAAAUCAAAGGUGUGCAGCUGUGUCCCUGUCCCAUUAAAACCUCUUGAAUGUAAAGUUCUCAUAUUUGGUGACCCUAUUUUAAAAAAUGAUUUUUAUUCAAUUCAGUCUGGUGUGAAAACGGUAGUCCCUAUCUGCAAAGUCUGCCGUCAGCUGAGUAUCUUGGCUCUUGAUCGGUGCCUUCAAAUCUUCGGUGUGACUUACUACCAUAUAUGGGCAUACGAAUUUAUAAGGGCAGGCAGAGCCGAUGACCUCAUUUUCAAGAUGGCUGCUACCUACAAGUUCGGUUAGCGUUGUGAAGCAUAAAGAAAAUAAUCAGGGAAUACGUCGAUAGACACCGAAAGCCGGGACUCCACAGAUCAUGAGGAGGUCUUAUUUGUCUGUCCGUGACCUACCGUUAUCGAUCACCAGCCUACUGCCAUGUUAUCUGGUGAUGUAGGACUUAAUGGCAACAUCCAAUUUCCACCGAGGGACUAUAUCUGUGCACAUCAAAAAUAUGAUGUUGCCUGGUUACGCGCUGUAGGCAUCCAUUACACGGGGGAUUGGCUACUAUGGCACCUUGACAGUAUCGUAGCCAAUGAGAUAAGCUUUCCAGAGAUAUGCAGUUUACCUGAGUGGCACAAAGCAUUGCCUAGAACAUUUUAAGAUCCAACGUGCAAAAACAGAGUAAUAAAAAACUUUCUGACACUUUGGAGAGGUUGAAAGGGCACUUACAUGUCCCCUGGAUACCCCAUAACACCACCACAAUGUUGGAGUGAGGUUGAAAGGGCACUUAAAUGUCCCCUGGAUACCCCAUAACACCACCACAAUGUUGGAGUGAGGUUGAAAGGGCACUUAAAUGUCCCCUGGAUACCCCAUAACACCACCACAAUGUUGGAGUGAGGUUGAAAGGGCACUUAAAUGUCCCCUGGAUACCCCAUAACACCACCACAAUGUUGGAGUGAGGUUGAAAGGGCACUUAAAUGUCCCCUGGAUACCCCAUAACACCACCACAAUGUUGGAGUGAGGUUGAAAGGGCACUUAAAUGUCCCCUGGAUACCCCAUAACACCACCACAAUGUUGGAGUGAGGUUGAAAGGGCACUUAAAUGUCCCCUGGAUACCCCAUAACACCACCACAAUGUUGGAGUGAGGUUGAAAGGGCACUUAAAUGUCCCCUGGAUACCCCAUAACACCACCACAAUGGAAGAAACUGUGUUUUUAUUCUGAACACAUAUCAUUUAAGGAUUGCAAAUAUGUAAUAGCACCGGAAUGAUCUAAUUUACAGACAUACGUCACUUCCACACAAACAGUAGGCAUCCUUCGCACAUACAUACACACAAACAGUAGAUAUCCUACGCACAUACA